AUGCUAGAGUCUCGAGAAGCUAAAGUACCCAAGUCAACCAAGAUGCUCAAGAUACUCAAGAUCUCAAGUCUGCGCUUUAUCCCAAAGAUCGGUAUAUUAGAACCCAUUUGUUUAGUGUGUUUACCUAGCUAUAUGCUGAGGCUGUGUGAAAGCAAAGUGGAGGAUGUCUAUAUUAUUAAGAUGCAUGGCACCAAGUCAGGACCUGCAGAGCGAGAGUCUGCAGCUUCUGAGACUGAGGCAGUAACUCCGCUAAGCAGAUGGUUAAGUCGUGGUAAGAGCACAAUCAGUUGGGAGGAACAUGACCUGAGAUGUAGCUUGCAAGCUCGAGCAGCUCUGCCACUAAGCGCAAACACGCAUGCCUAUCUCAAACACCCAACACCCGUAUCCAGUAUGGCUAUUGAUAAAUAUUUUUUAAAGAACCUUUAUCACACACUUGGAUUAUACAGUAUCUCGCGGAUGCAAAUUUUAAGCUUGGGCUAUUUGUAUGAGCGCAGGCCAAGCCAAACCAUGCACAUGUGGUUGUACAGUGCGACCAUGAAGAGGGAUUAG